UUGUAUAAAAAAAGUUACUAGUACAAGAAGAAGAAGAAGGGUGCGCAAUACGCACAUAAAAUCGAAGGUUUAUUCAGUGUGCAAAUUAGCCACCAAAAACGCAAUUCUCGUUUGGGUCAAGUGAAGUCUUUGCGAACAAUUCACAAAAAUGGCAUCCAAAUCACAGAAGAAAGCCAAUCUCUUAGAUCAUCACUCCAUUAAGCACAUUCUCGAUGAGUCUGUUUCUGAGGUCGUUAAGGGACGUGGGUAUGUUGAAGAUGUGAGAUUGAGCAAUGUGAGGUUGUUGAUUGGGUCUGUUAUUAUUGUCAUUGCUCUGUUUGCUCAGUUUUACAAGAAGAAGUUUCCUGAGAAUAGGGAUUUUCUUCUUGCCUGCAUCGCCUUAUAUGUAAUCUUCAACGGGUUGUUGCAGCUGAUCAUAUACACUAAGGAGAAGAAUGCCAUUCUCUUUACUUAUCCUCUGUCUCUUGGCUUUUAUUUCUUUUUACAGGGCUCCUUUACCAGCACUGGUUUGGUAGUUUCCUCCAAAUUACCCAGAUUUUCUGAUAUCUACACACUUACUGUAGAAAGUGCAGAUCCAAAAUCAAUUUCUGCAAAUGAACCAGUAAAUCUUACCAAAAGUGUUACUGAGUGGUUCACUAAGGAUGGAGUCUUAGUUGAAGGCCUCCUCUGGAAGGAUGUUGAAACUCUGAUAGCUCAAUAUACUAAAGAACCAAAGAAGAGCAAGUGAUAUCGAGAAAUGAACUUGGUUGUCCAAAGAGCUUUUCUGAGGACAAAUAUGUAUUUGGAUAUGGUUUACAUUUCUAUACAUUUUCAACAUUUAGAACAAAAUUGAGCAAUUUAAGCGUUCAGUAACUUUAGAACA